ACACACACACACACACGCACACACACACCCCAUUGAUCAAUAUUUGGCUGUCUUGCUGCAACUUGCUGCAGUCUUUUAAAGGAGUAGUAGAGAGAGAGGGAGAGAGAAAGGGAAACUGACAGGAAGGGGUAAGGAGCUACACAUGUCACAUGUGCUUUCUAAGACGGCCAGGAGCAUCUGCAGGCUGGAUCUGGUGGAGGAUGCUGCGGCAGGUGAUACACAGAGGGCUCCAGUCGUUUUUCUACAAGCUGGGCUUAUUCGUGAGCAGGCAUCCGGUGUUUUUCCUCACUGUGCCCGCAGUCCUGACCAUCAUCUUCGGCUUCAGCCUGCUCAACCGCUUCCAGCCUGACACUGACCUGGAGAGCCUGGUAGCCCCCAGCCACAGCCUGGCCAAGAUCGAGAGGAGCUUAGCCAGCAGCCUUUUCUCCCUCGAUCAAUCCAAAAGCCAGCUGUAUUCGGACUUGCACACCCCGGGGAGGUAUGGCAGGGUGAUUCUCCUCUCCAAACCCGGAGGCAAUAUUUUGCAUCAGGCUGAUGUGAUCCUGCAGAUCCACCGAGCCGUGCUGGAAAUGAAGGUGAACUACAAAGGCUAUAAUUAUACUUUUUCCCAUCUGUGUGUGUUGAGAAAUCAGGAUAAGAAAUGCGUGCUGGAUGAUAUUAUUUCAGUGCUAGAGGAUCUGAGGCAGGCUGCCCUCUCCAAUAAGACAACAGCCAGGGUGCAAGUGAGCUAUCCCAACACUAAAUUAAAGGAUGGAAGGAGCAGUUUUAUUGGCCACCAGCUCGGAGGGGUCAUGGAAGUACCAAACAGCAAGGACCAGAGAGUCAAAUCAGCCAGAGCCAUCCAAAUCACUUACUACCUCCAAACGUAUGGCUCUGUCACCCAGGACCUCAUUGGGGAGAAGUGGGAGAGUGAAUUCUGUAAACUGAUGCACAAGAUGCAGCUGGAUCACCAAGAUCUGCAGCUCUACUCACUAGCGUCCUUUAGCCUCUGGAAGGACUUCCACCAGACCAGUCUCUUGGCCAGGGGCAAGAUUUUGGUGAGCCUGAUGCUGAUUCUCCUGACUGCUACCCUCUCGAGCUCCAUGAAGGACUGCCUGCGUAGCAAACCUUUCCUGGGACUCUUGGGAGUACUCACUAUCUGUAUUUCCAGUGUCACUGCGGCAGGGAUAUUUUUCAUUACUGAUGGAAAAUAUAAUUCUACUCUGUUGGGAAUCCCUUUCUUCGCUAUGGGUCAUGGAACCAAAGGAGUGUUUGAACUUCUUUCAGGAUGGCGUCGAACCAGAGAGAAUCUGCCAUUUAAGGACAGAGUAGCAGAUGCCUACUCAGAUGUCAUGGUCUCCUACACAAUGACAAGCUCCUUGUAUUUCAUAGCCUUCGGCAUGGGUGCAAGUCCUUUCACCAACAUUGAAGCUGUAAAAGUCUUUUGCCAGAACAUGUGUGUCUCCAUCCUGUUGAACUACUUCUAUAUCUUCUCCUUCUUUGGCUCCUGCCUGGUCUUCGCUGGCCAGUUGGAGCAGAAUCGUUAUCACAGCAUCUUCUGCUGUAAAAUUCCUUCAGCAGAAUACCUGGACCGGAAACCUGUGUGGUUCCAGACUGUGAUGAACGAUGGCCAUCAGCAUACUUCUCAUCACGAGACCAACCCGUACCAGCAUCACUUUAUCCAGCACUUCCUCCGAGAGCAUUACAAUGAGUGGAUUACCAACAUCUAUGUCAAGCCAUUUGUGGUGAUACUGUAUCUCAUCUAUGCCUCUUUCUCCUUUAUGGGGUGCUUACAGAUCAAUGACGGAGCCAACAUUAUCAACCUUCUUGCCAGUGAGUCUCCGAGCGUCUCCUAUGCCCUCAUACAGCAAAAGUAUUUCAGCAACUACAGCCCAGUGAUAGGUUUCUACAUUUACGAACCUCUGGAGUACUGGAAUGGCACUGUGCAAGAAGACCUAAAAACACUAAGCCAGGGGUUCAAUACAGUGUCCUGGAUUGAACAGUAUUACCAGUACCUUCGUGUGAGUAACAUCAGCGCAACGAACAAAAGUGACUUUAUCAGCAUCCUCCAGAGCUCCUUUUUAAAAAAGCCAGAAUUCCAGCACUUCAAAAAUGACAUCAUUUUCUCCAAAGCUGGAGAUGAGAACAACAUAAUUGCUUCUCGUUUGUACCUGGUGGCCAGGACUAGUGAAAACACACAGAGGGAGGCGGUAGAAUUGUUGGAGAAGCUGAGGCCGCUCUCUCUUAUACAGAGCAUCAAGUUCAUUGUGUUCAAUCCUACCUUUGUUUUCAUGGACCACUAUGGUUUAUCAGUAACUAUGCCUGUCCUGAUUUCUGGUUUUGGCAUCCUUCUGGUGUUGAUACUGACCUUCUUCCUGGUUAUCCAUCCUCUGGGAAAUUUCUGGUUAAUUCUCAGUGUCACCUCGAUAGAGCUGGGUGUCCUUGGCUUGAUGACCUUAUGGAAUGUAGACAUGGAUUGCAUUUCUAUACUGUGCCUUAUCUACACUUUGAAUUUUGCCAUAGAUCACUGUGCACCCCUGCUUUAUACAUUUGUACUAGCUACUGAGCACACCCGAACUCAGUGUAUAAAGAACUCCCUCCAAGAGCAUGGGACAGCCAUUUUGCAGAACGUUUCUUCUUUUCUUAUUGGGUUGGUCCCCCUUCUCUUUGUGCCUUCAAACUUGACCUUCACACUGUUCAAAUGCUUGCUGCUUGCCGGCAGUUGCACACUUCUGCACUGUUUUGUUAUUUUGCCCGUCUUUCUAACCUUUUUCCCACCUUCCAAAAAGCACCACAAGAAAAAGAAACGGGCCAAAAGGAAGGAACGAGAAGAGAUCGAAUGCAUAGAGAUUCAGGAGAAUCCUGAUCAUGUUACAGCAGUCUGAAAGGCUUAGAAAAAAAUAAUAGCAUAUUCUCUUUUUAAAAAAGCGUUGCACAGAGAUGCAGGGAAAAUAGAGCAAAGAUCUCAGCUGCUUGUGCUGGCCAGGUCUGACAAGGCAAAGGAAGAUCAAGAAGGGGUACUCAUGACACAUCAAGGUGCAAACUUUUUUUAACAAAAAUAAUGAAAGUAAAAAUAAUCUCAGAUGUUUCCUUUGAAUUCUCAUUCUCCACUAGGGAAGAGUCUGUUGGCCGUUAAGUGUUCCUGAAUCUCAAACUGUAGCUCUAAUGGGAAUUGCUCAAUCUGUUGAAUGUAGGGCUGAGGCAAAGGUGAAAAAAAGAGAUACCAUUAAGUAACCAGUAGGGAAAAAGGCACAUUUGUUUGAUAAUAUUGUCCAUGGAAAAAUAAAAAAAACCAACAACAUCUCAAAUGAGAAAAGGGAACAAGACCAAGAGAGGCAAAAAAAAGUCAUGGGUUUUUUUUCUUAUUUUCUUGAGCAAGUUGGUUGUGAUGAAACCUAUGCACUUGGGAAGUAGAAGUUUAAAACAAUCUAAGCCAAAGUACUUCCCAAUUCUAGUACACCAUGCAUAUCUGUAACACCACAGUUAGAGUGUUACUGUGAAUAUGGAUGGCAAAGCUAUACUGCUAAAGGACAGAGGUACUGUUUACAUAGGAGAAGAAAUAAUCAUAGCCAUUUGGAAAUUUAACGUUUAGUUUCUUUGAAUAUGACACGUGACCUUUAUCCCAAGAGGCCACAGCUGGUAGUAAAUACCAUACAUACAUUUUGGUAUUUCUGAAUUUUGAAACUCCCCUUGAACUAACUGAUCUCAUGAAACUAACCCAGGCCAUUACCACUGCAGCAGUAUUUGCAGUUCCUGCAGUGUAACACUUUUGAAUUCUAAUUUCUCAGUGUUGACAUUAAAUGCUGAAUAUUAAUCAAGCAGGCGCUUUAAACGUGAUGAUGGAUUGCAUAUCACAGGCAUAAUGUGACUGUGUAACAGCUGAGUCAGCUCUGGAGCACCCGCACAGUGUUACCAUUAGAUAUUUGGUCCAAUGGACGAAGGGAUAUGUUUGCUGGUCCCUGCAAUAUGCUGCAGGAAGUGGGAUUUUCCCCUUCUUUAAGCAAAACAUCAGUCAAAUACUGGCCACACACACACAAAAAAAAGACCUUGUUAAGGUUUGUACGGGGAUGAAUCAAUCCCCAGCUGUAAAAAGACAGAUCAGUCCCCUGUGGGAAGGGGAGGGGAGGGCGAAAUGUCUUUAUUAUUGUUACUCCUAAAUAUUUGAGCGUUGAUCGUCUGCAACAUGAAGCUUUGUUAUGGCAGUUGAAAUUUCACAGAAGAGUGCAGUAAAUCCGCAGUUACUAUGUGACACUAGAAAUCGUACUGUAAAGAACUAUGAAUGACUUUCUCUGCUUUGUAAACUAUACAGCUUAGUAGCCCAAGAGAAGGGAUGAAAAGAGAUCUAGCCAUUUCAGUUUGCUCUUGGCCCAGUUCUGCGCUGGAGCUUGCCAUGUCCAUCUCCCCUUUCAGUAUUUUAAAAGGGCUUGCUUUCAACUCUCUGGAAUAAGGUAAAGCAUCACUUACAUGAGCAAUGUCUUCCUGAAUAUAUAGUAUCCAUGAGGACACUAUGUAAAGUUAUCACUAUAUGGAGUGUUUAUGUCUACUUUGUAUUACUUGUGGUUAUCUUUAAAAGAUGUCUGGAAGCUGUUUGCCUUCCAAAAUGUGUAUACAUGUCUAUUUGUGGCUGGUUAACUCAGUCUCAAACCUGCAGAGUUUGCUAAUGAGGGUGUGUACAUAUGUUUUACUAAAAAGCUCUCUGCAAGAAGUUGAUUCUUUGUUAUGUGACAUGUCUCACCUCUUCCUACUGUUUAUUGGUUAGGGAGAGCCAGAGAAAAUUCACCCGCAGCACAAAAAGCCAUUUGAACGCCAGUUCUAAUAUUCAUUAGCUGCUUCUGUUCCCAAGGAAUGCAGUUUCGCCUCUUCUCUAUGCUUUGUGUACUUUGCCAUUACCAUUUGCCAAAAAUGACCUCUGUGUUUUAGGAGUGGUCAAAGCUCUUGAUUGUUCAAGGGACCUUUUGUGUGCAAGGGGUUUUAGAGAAAGAUAAGCUUUCUAGAUAGGCAAAGCUUCCAAAGUCUGAACCCAGAUCUAAACUUCAGGUGUAGCUAGAUCAAGAUUACUGGUUUGAUCCAAGAUAUUCAAGGGCCAGCUGCAAAACUUGAGAUUGAAAUAGUUUAGUAAGAUUUAGAAGGAAGGGGUGUUUGAAUGUUGGGUUAUGGCUCAGAUGUAUCUCUACUUGGGAAGUAUUUAUUGACCUUGAUCUGCAUCUUCAAGACAUUGUGCAAUAUCCUUCCUUUUUAGAACAGUUGGUUAUGAAUGUCAAGUUUUCCAUACCUCUUCUUACAUUUCUUCCACUGUGUAUACAAAACUGGGAUUGUUGCAGCACAAUGGUAACCUUUGGGUAUAACUUCUGGAGGUCUCCAUUUUCAUACCCGCUCUGCGUAUCACAGGGGAAGUUGCUGGUCUUCUCUUGUACUGCCCAGAUGUGUCCCAGGGAUCUGUGUCAUGCAUUGUGUUGAAGAAAGUAGCGUUCUCAAAAGCCAUCAAAACCAGGAUUCAUCUCAUCUAACUUUGGACAUUGACAAUGUAGAUAUUUAUAUCUGAGCUCCCUUUAUGGCCAUAGGAGAGGGACAGACAUUUCUGACCCAUUUUACAGCUGUGCAUUAGGAGUAAAUGAAUCACACCUUAAAAAAUGUAUAUUUCUGUCCAUUGAUGAUAAAGGAAGCUCAGCAUGCUUAGUUCAGAAACAGACAUUGACAAUGCAGACUCAUCCAGAUUUGGUGAGAUUAACCCCACUUAAAAUGACCAAGUACCAAGUGAAAGAGAAAAGAAGAAAACCUUAGAAACUUGCCUCCCAAGCAUCUAUUUUAGGGAUAAAUCCCAGGAGUAACUCAGCUCAAAUUUUAUGUUUGGCUUAUGAGGCUUUUAUGCAGAACAUAGUGUUUAAAAAUUACCACUGGAAUUCCCCUAGCAGAGAACGGUGAUCUAAGAAAUCAGAAUAUGUCAAUAUUGAAGGUAGGCUCACACAAAUGAGAUAGAGUUUGAUGAGACAUCAAACCAGCUUCUCUCUCAAUAUCAUGCAUGCGCAGUAGCACUUGUAUAUACCAGACACAAGCUAUAUAGACUACACUCUGGGACUAGAAGUUUUUUAUUUCUAUGCCAAUGCAGGAGUGGAGCAGAAAACAAACCACACCUUCCAUGGAUGUCAUUUGAUUGUUUUAUUUAUCAACCGUUUUCCAGAUCUACCAGGAAAGGCCAUUGCAGCUAUUAACUCCUGCAGAUAUAUCAGUCUCUAUGGACCAAGGAAAACUUUCAUCUCAAGCUUAAAAAAAAAAAGAUUAUUUUCUUCUAUAAUUCAUUUCACACUGGAAUCAUUUGGGGAUGGUGAAAUCAUAAUUUUUAAUUCCUUCUCCUUUUGUAGCUUUUUUUGCUUUCAGUCCUUUUCAAUAAAUUCUACCCUUUUCUGCAGCACCUCUUCAGCUCAACUGGAGCUAUAUGAGUACCUGUGAAGAGAGGACAUAGCCCAUGCAAAGCAAUCUGGCACUCCGAUACAUGCUGCGUAUUGGAUCUUCGUUAUACACCUUUUUUUAGUUACCAUAAGUCCCCUGGGAUAUUGUGCAUAUUCCUUCGAUGUGUGGGUUUAUAUAUGGUCUACAUAAGCUGCCAAGAACCCUGUGUGCAUUUUCCUACUUGGUUUGGUUUCAUUCCCUCAAAGUAUAUUAGUUUGAAUUCAUUGCUGAGAUAACUCUGUUGAAGUCAACAGAUUCAUUGCCAUGAUAUACCUGGCUUUGCAUGCUUUCUAUCUGGUAAGAAGUGAAAUCAUGACAAAUGAACCUCUUACAUUGUUGAUAUGCUUGUUGAACAAUGUAUCUGUCUAUAAUCUAUAGCCAUUGUUGCAUGCUGCAUUUGGGAGGCUACAGUGAAGGUAUAUUUUCUUUCUGUAGUUUUUUCUUUACGCUUUCCCAUGCGGGCUAUUUUAACCUUAAUUGAUCUAUUGCUCUGUCUUUUUUAUUAGAAUUAAGUCUUCAUCUCUGUAGUCCAGUACUUGAUGUUUCAUAAAUUUAUUGCUUAACAAAGCAACGUACUUUUUAUGGCCAAGAUAGGUAUGGAUGCAUGGCACCUUGCAUGUAUAAUUUAAAUAAGUUGUCUUCAGGGUUAUCAUUCUCAACCUUUUACUUCAAAAAAAUCCUAUUUAGGAUGUAACCUGUCACCUGCUAAUAUCUAUUCGAGUUCACCUGAACAACUCUAGUUUUGAAAUUUUCUGCAGUGGGAAGGAAAAGAACCAGGGGGAAGGAAAAAAUAGGAAGGAAAGCAGUUGUGUAAUCAGUGUUCUUUUUUUUCCCAAAGGGUCUUUCUGCUCUACUCUUAAUUAAGUCAUGCUGAGUAGUGACUCUAGCAUAAUUAAGAUUUAUUUCAAUGGAGUUAUUCCAUAUUUCACUAUGACAAGAGCUUGGCUUAUUGUCUUUAUGCAAGUACCAUACUAAGUCUCUUUGAUUAAUUUUUCUGUAAUUAUAAACUUUAAUAAGUUCUUUUUCAUUGCAACACUAGGUUUUUGAGUACCUCAAGCUCUCAUUUGUUGUCCUAGGAAACACUGAAAGGAAGCAAAGUUAGGCAGUUAGUGAACAAGAGACAUGCUGUAGUGUUGGGGAAAAGAGACACUUCACAGAGAGGCAGCAGAUACUCAACAAGGCUCUAAAUAAAAAAUGAUGUUAAGGCUAUCUCAGAAGAUGAAGGUGAAGUGGAAACCAAGUGAAACAUGUUGUGCGGAGGGUAGUGCAAUCAAAUUAUAGACUUUGAUUCUUCUUCCAUACCAUCUUACAUGAGCAAGAAGGAAUUUGAACAGGGAAGGAAUCUGAUUACGGAAAGAAGCUCAUCCAUCACCUAAAAUGCUUCUUUUCACCAUAGUCUUGCAUAAAGCAAUGUCACAGACCAAGCGAGUGCAGAUUGCCCCAUCUCAGCCUGUUCCUUUUGGUGACCUGUUUUCCACGUACAGCCGGGAAAGGAUCCCAUCCUGGGUUUCACACACCCUUGGGAAGGAGAUGCAGAGCUGCUUCCUUACCUGACAAAGCUGUGAAUGAGAGACGGAAGGUGCAUACCACGCUGCAAGCUCGGGAGUUGCACCCCCCUGUUGUUUGCUCUCUGCCGGCUAUACGAGCAGAGGCAGCACCACAAUCUCCUGGAGAUACACAGAGGUACCUACCUGGCACUGAGUGCCGACAUUCAAAAUUUCCCAAGGAGUAAUCUGGAAUUGGUGAUCACAGCAGCUCACAGGCAUACCUGUGACCAAGAAGAUUUUGGGGGAUUUUUUAGAGCUGUUCUUUGAGAGAUCCCCAUUUCUCACUACAGAGCCCCACACAUCAACUCACCUGCCUGCAGCUGGAGAAGUGCAACUGCUUAUUCUAUCACAUCAGUCAGGUAGAAAAAGUUUUCUGGAAUAUCUUCCAUUUAAACCUCAAGACUUUCUUUUCCCUGAGUUUUCUGCCUCCUUCAUGGCUUAAAAGUGAAGGAACCAAUGUGAAACUUAGGUGCCCAUCCUACCCCCAGAGGUAUGAAUAGUCAUUGCUUAGUCACAAAUUUGAUGCGAGUUGUGGCUUUUCAGGCCAAACAUAGGGAUCUGGCCUUCUUGCCAGACAGACAAUCAAAAUCUUGAUGAAAACAAGUAGGCAUGAAGCAGUUCUGAACUUCAUCUUUCCUUGCUUGCUUUAUUUCCUCUCUGACGUACCAAUGUGCCCACAACACUAUUCUCAUUUUCUUCCUGCUUCCUCAUUAAAGAAAAUAAAGUUUCUCUUUCCCACUCCCUGAAGCUAUCUUUCCUUUGCAGCUCAACUUAUUUUGUACUUUAAUCUUCUGUGUGUGCUCUCAACCUUUUCAGAAUUUUCCUAUUUAUUUUUGAAAACUCUGAGAGCAUAACCCUGUUGAAAUAAAUGGAAGAUGCUUGGAUGCACCAAAGCACAGACUUUGGUACAGAACUAGCUAAUUUAUAGCAGCACACAAAUAGCUAAAAACUUUCUUCAGACAGAAAAGUGUCUGUAAGAAAACUCAGAAAAAUAAUUAAGCCUAAAUUUCCAUUUUUCUGCACUUUUUAUCUCAUAAACUUCUACUCUCUAGUUCUUUUUACUGUAGGCAUUCCUUUUUUUCAGAACACUUUUAUCACAGAAAUGCCUAGUUUUUCACUGCUUUUCUGUCUAAGAAACAAAAAUAAACGUGUAUUUCCUCAUGCCCUCAAAAAGAAAAUAUUGCCCCUGCUUGGAAUAUUUUGUGCCAAGUUUCUGUUCAGAGUACAUUUUCCAGGCUGAAUUAUACAAGCGUCUGGAAACAAGUAUUCAACUGGAAAUGCUGAUGCAGCCUUAACUAGAGAAAAAUUAAUGGUACCUCAACAGUGUCCUGCUUAACUUCAACCCAACUGCUGGAUACUCCAGGCAGUAUUUCUAGCACAGAUUGAUAAUGGUCUCCCCAUUACUUGCAACACCACUAUUUUGGCAAUAUCAGGUGUAUAGUUCUCCUGAGCACACAUCGCAGUCUACCCUUAUGUAAUAAAAUCAUGAAGAGUUUAGCACAACUUUUUCUGCAGAAGGACUUCUCCCGGGGUAAGGCCAUGUGGCGUCCCCCUACUGUAAAACUGCUUCUCAGUUUCCCAGCUGUAUGCUGGAUGUUCCACUGAGUUCCUCUGUAACAAAAAGCAUCAUUUUUCUUUCAAUGAGCCACUUGAGAAUAGGACAUGAAAUAUUUUAGAUUCAGUCAUGGAUAGAAUUUUUUUACAUGGGAAUUUGAAUAGGAAUGUCAACUGAGUAGAGAGUAGAAGUCUCCAUGAAUAGAGAAAUCUUGGUCCUAACCAUUUUUUUUUCUCUUUCUCUUGCAAUUCUGGCAUGAUACUUCUUUGUUCUUAUUUCCUUUCAUCAAUAAGAAUGAACUUUUUUCACACUUAUCACACCGAAGAUAAUUCCUGACCUACAAAAAAUAUCCUGUCUGCCAGAAGCAGACUUUCUCUUGGAGAAAACCCCACUGGUUUCAACCCCACAACAAAGGAGACACUGCGUCACCUGGCAGAGCAGAAGCGUUAGCGUGUACCUAUUCAGGCAUAGGCCCUCAUUCCCAACAUCUAGACCCAAACACUAAAUAUGCAGGAUUUGUGGGAUGUGUGAUUUUGCCUCUGCAGAAAAAGAAAAGGUAGUUGCAAAAUUGCACCAUGAGGUGGAAAAGCAUAGAGUGACCAAGGUGCCAGCCUAGCUGCAGUUACUGUACCUGUGUGAGAACUUCAGAGAGGGCUCAUCUAGCUGUGAAAGUCUACAACAGUGACAGCACCUGGCCUGAACAAGAACUUGUUCUCUUCUCACUACCUCAGCGUAUAAAAACAAACUGCUACUCAACAGCACCGUGAAACCUGGUCUAAGUCCUGGGCAUGAUGAAGCCAGUUGAAGCACAGAACUUCAGGUGCAACCUCUUACGGCUGAGGCAGUUACAUUCAGAGGUGAUUCCAGGUUAUGGCAUCACAUAGGUGCUGAUAUUUAAGCUUCAAAGCUAUUAAAUACCUAAGGAAGUCCCUGGCACAGUUUUGGUCCAGAAAACCAGCUCUCUCCCCAGCAAUUCCUAGGCAUGACCCAGGAACCGUUCCCACCAGACAGCUCGUUUACGGUUUUUACACCACAGGAGAGUUCAAUAGUAUGGACAGUGACAGACCAUGCCAGCCUCCUUCGGGGCCAGAGAGUAACCCCUGACAUUGUUUGGUUUACUAGCCAACUUAUAACUUUUGACACCAAUGCAGCCUAUAUUCAUACUAGUCUUUUGCUUCUGGAGAUCUUAAUCUGGCAAAGCACUCAAGUAAAUGACUUAGUUUAGUUUAAUCAAAUUGAUAAGUCUUGUGGACUGGGACAUCUUUAAAUUUAAGCAUGUGUUUAAGCACUGAACUAAAUAAGCAUGCACUUAUCUCUCUGCUUCAAGUUAAAUACGAGCUUUGCAGAAAAAGAGGCCUUAAAAGAAAAGGCCCCUUUGCAUAACAUACAAAAUCCUACAAUUAUAGCACCAAUUUCACAAUAUGUAGAAAGACUAUGCCAAGCACAUAUAUUUUUCAGGGCUUCAAUUUCCGCGACGUGAGACAUCUCAGGGACAUUUUAGUGAUUUGUUACAGUCAUACAACACUCAGGCAAGAACAAAGCCUUGAUGAGCACUUUUCCUGGAAAAAUAACAAGAAGAUAUUUGAAUCAGAAUGAGGGUACAGUAUUUUAUGAUGUUGAACCUCAUUUUUUAAAGAAAAAAUGCAACUUUUCAUUUAAUGUAAUUCAUUAUUUCUUUCAAGCGAUACACUGGAGAAGUGCUGCAUGUGUCUCUAUUAUGGAUAAGAGAGGAAUUGCUUGGUGAAGUUUAACCCAGUUUUGCCAAUUAAAAAAAAUAACAAAAAAGAAAAAUCUGGCUUUGUGCCUGGUAUAAAACUUGCCAUGGCAUCAUCUGCUGCCUUUAAAUUAAAUUAAAUGUGAAUGGUGACGUGAACGGGGCAGAAGUGGAGAAUCACACUAUACAUGCUCUUGGGCUGCAUCUGGUGAGGAACACUUAUGUACACCAGGAAAAGAAAUCAAGCCCCUGCUCCUGUAAAAACAGAUGCAAUUACCAAGCUGUAAACAUUGUGAAUAAUCCCAUUGGCUUCAGUGGAGCAUCAGGAUGUAUAUAAGACAUGCCCAUAAGUCUUUGACAGUCUGAGGACUGGAAUAAGCAGAUAUUCUAAUCUGAAAAGUAGACGGAAGGUCUUAAAUCAGACAUUUCCUCAACAUCCUGAAAAAGUUUCAGAGCAACUGAUCUCUGUUCCUUAUAAGAACAAUACUUUUGUAAAAACUUUGCCCUGAAAUAUGAGCUCGAUAGAAACACGGGCACAAUAAGCAUUUAAGAGUCUAACGACUGUGUCUUUUCAUGACAUAAGUCUUCCCCUAUGAUGUCUGCAGCCAAUACCGUACGGAAGCACAGGAUCAGAUGGAAAGGGACAUGUAAAAAUGAGAUAUCAAAGACCUCUCCUCCCAGGCUAUAGUCAAAGGAGAGAAAUAGGUAGCGCAAUUCGACUAGCUCAGAUAGCUACUUUAGGAUGAGGGCCCUUGCACACACCUGACAGCAGCCACCAGAGCUGGGGAACAGCCAGGAUAACUAGUUUAUAUAUGUUUAUAUGUCUAAAAAAGGGUCAGACUAAUCCUGCUGAGGCAUCGCUGUUCAUUUUAGCUGUAGUGAAAAUGUUGAGAAAUAAUUUUUCAGGUGACGGGCAAUAAUCAGCUUGACUGUUCACUUUGUUUCUUGGCGGGGGUGGGGGGGUAAAAUGGGUCAUUAGGGCUCCAGGGUGGCAGCUGGGCGACCGGGGCAUUCCAAACAAUGCAGUUGAGAGCAGCCGAGGUCACUAAGAAAAGGACUGAAUUAAGCAAGUACUGUAGAAAAGAUGAAGGUCAUUUUUUUCCAACUGUUAUUUAUGUCCAUUUGCACCCCAAUUUAAUGCAAUGCUUGUUCUUUUUUUUUUAGCCCGUAAUGGUCAGCUUUUCUAUCUCCCUUUAAGUUGCAGAAUUUACUUAACCUUUCUUUGUAUGAAUUUAGCAUUAGUUGUUUAAUUACUGGAAUUUCUCAGGUGUAGGCAACUUUACUAUGCUAAGAAUAAACACCAUAAGUUAAUAUUGGUUUUCUUCCCUCGUGAAGCUCCCUUGUUGCUGAAAACUGUUAAUAUUUUUCAAGAUUAUACCAUGACCAUAUUUGUAUAACGGCCUUUUACUGAGCUUGAAAUUCUAUACCAA